CAGAUCUGAGCUAGACUAAAUAGCUCACAUUCAGACCUACUCAGCCCUCAGCCCCUAACGCCAUGGACACGGGCCACAUGGUGCAUCCUGGCCUUACCAGUCUCCCCCUGGAGCUCUGGUUGACGAUCUGCUCCUUUCUCGACCUCUCUGACGCGGCCAGCUUCCGCUUGGCCUGCAGGACAUUCGGCGACAUUGGUGCCCCCGCGGUGUUGCGCCUCCUCAUCGUGCACGCAACAGCGGACGACGACUACCGCCUCCGUGCUCUUGCAAGUAACCCGGCCAAGGCCAAGUACCUCCAGUCGCUUAUCUACACCCCCAAGCCCGUCCGCAAGCACUGGAUAGGUGACUGGCCUGCGGGCCAUGUGUUGAGUGACGAUGGACUCGUCAGACAACAAGCGUACACCAAACACCAACAGCUCCGCGACGCUCAUGCAGACGCCCAGAGCAACCCGCUGAUCUGCGACCUGAUUCCUGACGUGUUACCUAACCUGCCGGGCCUAAGGAGCGUCAUCAUCAACUGUGAAGGGUGGCACCAGUCCUCAAAUAGAUAUGGGGCAAGGGAAAGGUAUACACCAUUGACGCUUAUCCACCGGCAGUUUGGCAAGCCUGCCAGCCGAGUGCUGGCGGUGCUCCUGGAAGCCCUGGAGGAUAACGACACGAAACUGGAAACCCUCAAGGCCGGCAGACUGGACUGGCGAUCUAUCGGGGACCUCCCGCGAACGCCGGUGCAGCUUGGUCUCUUUUCCAACCUGGCCGACCUGAACCUGCACUUCUGCGUGUGUGGCAUCCACCGCUACCGGCAUGGCGAACGCCCUGACCUUGUCGAGUAUGCGCGCCAGACCGAAGCUGGGAUGCUCCCGACCUUCUUGGAAGCACUGCCCCGCCUCCGGGCCCUCUCCAUCGCCUUCUGCUCCAUGUUUCCCAACGGACCAGGGGUGAGCGAGGGUUGGCUACGGGACGUCAUGCGCCCGGGACAUCACUGGCCGCACCUGACGUCGCUCAGCUUCGGCGGCAUGAACUUGACAAGGUCACUGUUCAUGGACAUCCUGGCACGUCACAAAGACACGCUGCGCAGGCUGGAAUUGUUUUCCGUCUGGCUUGACGGUCAUUGGCCUUCCACGCUAGCUGAGAUGCGGAAGAUGCUCACCUUGGAGGACGCCACCAUCUGGGGUGGCCUAUGCUGUGACGAAGGACGAUGGAGAAUAUUGGAUCACCCUGAGCCCGUCCCUGACGGCAGGGAAAAUGUUGUCCAUGCCAUUAGGAGGUAUAUGCUACAUGGCGAUCCAUGCCCUAUCACGGACAGGAGCAUGCUGAGUGGUCCGCGAGAGUUGUUUGGGGCCAGUCGUGGAAGCUGUUGGUAUUGAAUGGUGUUGUUUAGGAGGGGAUGAUGAGUUGUGCGAACUGAUCAGGGGUUGUCACGACGAUUACGACCUGCGUUCAACUUCUUGACCCAAUCGUAUACACAUGCACACUAGGUA